GGAUGAUCAACUUAAGUUGGGGUGUGUUUCGUAAACUUAGGGUAUGACUAAAGUUUACGAAAAAAAUUUUACUAAUGGGCCAGAUUGCGCUCGGUUGGUAUGGGCUUUAUCUCUCCCGUUCCUUAAAGCCCUCCCUGAAUCCCUUCCAAGUUCCAACACCUCUGUAUUUCUGAGAGACUUGUCGCAUACUCGCAUUGUUCUUUCUUAAGCCCUCCCUGAACCCCUUCAACACCUCUGUAUCCCUGAGAGACUUAUUGCAUACUUGCAUUGUUCUUUCCGUCUUCUCAUGAAGCUGUUGGGAUCAAAUGCUUGGCGUAAUUACGCCAUUUUUAGAGUUCUUAGGGCUCGUUUUUGGAGCACCAAAGUCAUAGAACAAUCUUUUGCUCUAAUUGAAGACAAUCUGUACCGUCGGAUUUCCGGCGCUGAAAUUUCUUCAAUCGUUCCCGUACUAAAGCAAUGGCUCGAAGAAGGAAAAGAAGUCGAACAAUCUGAGCUUCGGAAGUUUAUCAAGCAACUUCGAAAGUACCGUCGGUUCAGGCACGCACUCCAGAUUUCCGAAUGGAUGAGUGAUCAAAGGAACCAUGUUUUAUCGACUGGAGAUAUUGCUAUUCGGCUGGAUUUAAUAUCAACAGUUCAUGGCGUGGAGCAGGUGGAGAAGUAUUUUGAUAGUAUUCCUGAAACUAUGAGAACCUUCCAAGUUUAUGGUGCGCUUUUAAGCUGCUAUGCAUGCAACAGAUCUUUGGAAAAAGCAGAGGCCACCAUGCAAAGGAUGAGAGAGUUUAAGUUAGGCAAAUCAUCAUUGACGUACAAUGUGAUGUUAAAUCUCUAUUUCCGGCAGGGAAAACAUGAGAAGCUAGACACUUUAAUGCAAGAGAUGACAGAAGUGGGAAUCAAUUGGGAUAACUUCACUUGCAACAUCAGAUUGAAUGCUUAUGCAGCUAGUGCUGAUGUAAAGGGAAUGGAGAAACUAUUAAUAAUGAUGGAAGUUGAUCCCCAUUUAUCCAUGGAAUGGAAUACCUAUGUUGUUGCAGCAAAUGGUUUCUUGAAAUCUGGCCAUAAUGAAAAAGCUCUGACAAUGCUGAAGAGAGCAGAGGAACUAAUUCAUGGAAACUCUAGCAGGUUAGCUUAUGAAUCUAUUAUCACAUUAUACGCUGCUUUAGGGGUUAAAGAUGAAGUGUAUCGUCUAUGGAAUUUGUACAAGAAUAUUGGAAAAGUUGUAAACUCAGGCUACCUAUCUAUGUUAAGCUCAUUAAUGAAGUUGGAUGACAUUGAUUGUGCUGAGAGGCUUUUGGAGGAAUGGGAAUCUGGGACCACUAUUUUUGACUCUCGAAUUCCAAAUUUGGCGAUUCGUGCUUACUGCAAGAAGGGUCUUCUGGAAAAGGCUGAAGCUUAUUUUAAGCGGCUUAUGGAGAGUGGGAAAAAGCCCGAUGCAAGCACAUGGGAGUGCUUGGCAACUGGAUAUUGGAUAAAUGGACAGACAGCAAAGGCUGUGGAAACAAUGAAGAACGCAUUUUUGGCUCGUCAGCCUGGAUGGAAGCCCAAACAAUAUACACUGGCUGCAUGUUUGAAGUAUAUGAAGGGACUGGGAAAAGAGGAAGAAGCUUUAGCGAUGUUGAGGUCGCUGAAAAAAGGAGGUCAUAUGUCAUCCCAGAUAUGUGCUCAAUUGCUACAUGAUAAUAAAAAUGAAAUUCUCUGCUCCGGACCCCUGGAUCUGAUGGAAGGGGAUGAUGGCGAAAUGAAAAAGGUCAUAGAACAAUCUUAUGCUCCAUUUCAAGACACUUUGUACAGUCUGAUAUCCCGCGCCAGAAUUCGGAGGGCUCCAAUCGGUGCCGUACUGGAUCAAUGGCUCGAAGAAGGAAAAGAAGUGACACAAUCUCAGCUUCAGUCAUUCAUCAAGAUGCUUCGAAAGAAACGUGGGUUCAAGCAUGCCCUCGAGAUUUCCAAUUGGAUGAGUGAUCAAAGGAACUGUGUGCUAUCAAUUGCAGAUGUUUCUGUUCGGCUGGAGUUAAUAUCUAGAGUUCAUAGCCUGGAGCAGGCAGAGAAGUAUUUUGACAGUAUUCCUGAAAGUAUGAGAAUCUUCCCGGUUUAUUGUUCUCUUUUAAACUGCUAUGCGUACACUAUGUCCUUGGAAAAAGCCGAGGCCACCAUGAAAAAGAUGAAGGAGUUGAAGUUUAGAAACUCAUCAUUUCCUUACAAUGUAAUGUUAAAUCUGUAUUCUCGGCUGGGAAAUCAUGAGAAACUAGACAUCCUGAUGCAAGAGAUGAAAGAAUUGGGCAUAAUGUGGGACAAGUUCACUUACAAAAUCAGGUUGACUGCUUAUGUAGCCAGUUCUGAUGUUGAGCAAAUGGAGAAACUUUUAAUAAAGAUGGAAGCUGAUCCCCUCAUUUCCAUGGACUGGAGUUCUUAUUCUGUUGUUGCAAAUGGGUUCCUGAAAUCUCACCUCAAUGAAAAGGCUUUGACAAUCCUGAAGAGAGCAGAGCAACUAAUCUAUGGUGAAUCAAGAAGGUUAGCUUAUGAAAAUAUUCUAACCUUAUAUGCUACUUGUGGGGUUAAAGAUGAAGUGUAUCGUAUAUGGAAUUUGUAUAAGAAUAUUGGCAAAGUUUCAAAUUCAGGCUACCUAUCUAUGUUAAGCUCAUUGGUGAAGUUGGACGACAUUGAUGGUGCUGAGAGACUUUUGGAGGAAUGGGAAUCUGGGGCCACAAUAUUUGAUGCUCGAAUUCGAAAUUUGAUGAUUCGUGCUUAUUGCAAGAAGGGUCUUCUGGAAAAGGCUGUCGCAUAUGUUGAGCGGCUUAUGGAUAGUGGGAAAGAGCCCCAUGCAAGCACAUGGGGAUCCUUGGCAACUGGAUACUGGAUAAAUGGACAGACAUCAAAGGCUGCGGAAACAAUGAAGAAAGCAUUUAUGGCUCGUCGGCCAGGAUGGAAGCCCUGCGAAUAUACACUGGCUGCAUGUUUGAAGUAUAUGAAGGGACAGGGAGAAGAGGAAGAGGCUUUAGAGAUUUUGAGGUCGCUGGAAAAAGGAGGUCAUAUAUCAUCCCAGAUAUAUGAUCAAUUGCUACAUGAUAUUAAAAAUGAAAUUCUCUGCUCCGGACCUCUGGAUCCGAUGGAAGAGGAGGAUGGCGAAAUGGAAAAGUUCAUUGAGGUCAAGGAUGAGGAUGAGAACAGUAGAUGAAAGACAGGAACAUCUCAGGCAGAUUGUUUGGGAUUGUACAGCCAAUUUCGUUCUAGUUGAGGUUUAUUAACUAUUGACAAUUAGAGCUACCUAGAUAUGUAUAUAUAUGUUAUUGUACGUUGGGAAUGCAAAUGCGAACAUCUCCCACACACCUGAGUGUUCUAAACAUGAAUUUGUUGACAAAAGUCUCUCUCAGCA